AUGGCCGACCCGUUUGCCCCGCGCUCCAUGAAGCGCAAAAACGUAAAGGGGCUUGCUCUUACUCCCGCCGCUCCGAAGCCACCACCUACCGCGGAAAACCGCCCAGAUUUCGACGGCGCCGGUGAUGGAACAAGCAGAGAUGGUCAACUCGAGAUCGGGAUUGAAUACAAGCUUGACCUGCGACCCGAGGACCUUGAGAUUGUCAAGGAGCUCGGCUCCGGAAACGGUGGCACCGUGAGCAAGGUGAAGCACUUGACCACGGGCACCGUCAUGGCUCGCAAGGUUAUCCAUGUCGAUGCCAAAAGAGAUAUGCGCAAACAAAUCAUCCGAGAACUCCAGAUUAUGCACAACUGUCACUCGGAUUACAUUGUCAACUUUUACGGCGCAUUCCUCAACAGCAACAACGAUGUCAUUAUGUGCAUGGAGUACAUGGACGUAGGCUCUCUGGACCGCGUCUCCAAAGUCUUUGGUCCUGUUCGAGUCGACGUCCUCGGAAAGAUCGCCGAAGCUACGCUCGGCGGCCUGACAUACCUCUACACAAAACAUCACAUUAUGCAUCGCGAUAUCAAACCGUCAAACAUUCUUGUCAACUCUCGAGGUUCCAUCAAGCUCUGCGAUUUUGGUGUCUCCGGAGAGCUCAUCAAUUCGAUCGCUGAUACCUUUGUCGGCACUUCAACAUACAUGGCCCCCGAAAGAAUUCAAGGCGAACGAUACACUGUCAAGUCGGAUGUCUGGAGCUUUGGUCUUACCGUCAUGGAACUUGCCAUCGGCAAAUUCCCUUUCGGCUCCAAUGAGCCUACAGAGGAGGACUGCGCACCUGCUGGCAUCCUCGACUUGCUGCAGCAGAUUGUCCAUGAGCCCGCCCCGAAGCUACCCAAGAGCGAUGCUUUCCCUAGUAUCCUCGAGGACAUGAUCCAAAAAUGUCUAUUCAAACAACCUGAGCGACGCCCUACCCCACAAGACCUCUUUGAUCGCGAUGCAUUUGUGCAAGCCGCCAAGAGAACGCCUGUCGACCUUCGCGAAUGGGCUGUGGGCAUGAUGGAGCGCGAUAACCGUAAAUCCCACCUAGCUCCUCAGCUGUCACCCUCGACACAGGACUUGCUCCGAUCCAGCGACUCACCCACGUACAACAAUGGGUCCGAGGGAAAGACACACACGCCAACGUCUGGUGAAAUUCCCAUCGGUGGGGCUGGCAUCGCUACCCCGCGCGAUUAUGCGAAUGGAGCCGGCAGAUCCCCUUCGAGAAAUGGCUACAACAAUGCCAAACCACCAGCGUCUGCUCACCCUGGCUUAGGCCCUCGCUACGCAUCCGAGUCUGGUCACAUUCCUGGCGGCUAUUCUGACACACGUGGUCCCGUCAGCGCCAAUGCCGCUACAUUCAGUCUUCCUGUCCGACCAGCUCCUCCAUCGGGACCGCUGCCCCUCGCGCCAGCCCGACGGAAUACCCCGGAUGCUCUUCCACGAGAAAACCGCCGGGUGGCUACAUUUGGCCUGCCUCCUAACCCAAGUUCUGGAUACGGAGUAUGA